AUGACAGCUACAGAUAUGAUCAUGACAGUGAUAGGUAUGACUGUGACAGUGAUAGGUAUAACUGUGACAGUGAUAGGUAUAACUGUGACAGUGAUAGGUAUAACUGUGAUAGGUAUAACUAUGACAGUGAUAGGUAUGAUUGUGACAGUGACAGGAAUGGAUCUUCGGAAUGAUCGGAAUACAAAUAAUCAAUUACAAACGAAAAGUACACUUAUCGUUUUCAUCGAAGAAAGUGAAAAGUUACUGGAAAAUAUUGUAGUAUAUGCUUACAGGAUAUAUCUAUUAGCAAGGAUCAAGUAUGCACUUUUAGCAUAUUAA